GUCCGCAGGCUGAGAAACGGUCAUCAGCUUCUGGGUGUCAGCUAAGAAGUCGGCGUGACGGUGACGAUUGAGGUUUGAGCGGGAAGAAGUUGCUUGUUAAAAAUAAGCAGCGCGCUGAUUGGCCCAGCGAGUCAAUGAUGCAUUGCUUAUAUCAUCAACUGUCCUAAAGUGGUUAGCGCGUUCGCUCUUGACGCGGGAAUAGGGUCAUGUGACGAGCUUAGUGUCUUGAGUAUCUUAGUAAUAAGGUUUGUUCCUGGUCGAAAGCUUGUCUUAGAUUGGUCACGUGCUAUGACGCCUCCCAAGGUUCUAAAAGUUGGGAUAUUCGACGUCAGCGCCAACUGCGGCGACGUCAACAUCAACCUCACUUCAAGUGGCUGACCAGCGUGUUUAGACAUUGGAGCAGUGGGAUUCCACGCGAGAGGUCCGACGGCGCGCUUUAAAUACUUACAACUCACUCACUCAGCAGGGACAUGCUUUGAUAGUCCGCUUGUUUAAGCGUCCGACAGGGGUGCUGCUGGCUGCUGCACAAAGACCUUGCCGGGUUUCCUAGUUGCGGACAGAUAACUUCAUCAACCAUGAAUCGCCCACUAAAUGGCUCUGCCAAUGACGAGAAUACUACGCAGGAAACAGGACAUGGAAUCAGCUGGUUAGAAUACUCCCCAUAGAGCUGCAGCGAUAAACAAACCCAUGUCUAACUCGCUCUCUAGGAGCUUACCCGUACUCGGUAACGCGAGAAGAACAAGCAAUGAAGAUCACCAUGGAGUUGUUCGACACAGGAGUCGAAGUGUUUCCCGUCUUCAGAGGACUUCCUUAGCUGGGCCACUACCUACCAAGCUUGGCUUUUCAGAUGAAAGAGAAAAGUUGGCCCAGGAUGAGGGCAAUGAGGCCCAAAAGCUGGGGUCCUUCUCAGGCGUUUUUGUCCCGACGACUCUCAACGUUCUGAGCAUUCUCAUGUUCCUUCGCUUCGGCUUUCUUCUAGGCCAGAGCGGUGUUCUAGGCAUGAUGGCCAUGCUUAUAAUAUCAUAUGCCAUUGACUUGAUAACCGCCAUGUCGAUUUCCGCAAUUGCUACGAAUGGUACCGUAAGAGGUGGAGGCGCUUAUUACCUCAUCAGCCGUUCCCUAGGUACCGAGUUCGGAGGUUCAAUUGGCAUUGUGUUCUACCUUGGCUGCGUUUUGAACACAGGAAUGAACGCAGUCGGUCUGGUUGACUGCUUUAAGCAAAAUUUUGGUGUUGUUUCUGGCAGCAAGUCCCACUUUCUUUAUGAAGGCUUUUGGUGGGAGUACCUUUGGGCAUCCAUCAUCCUCCUACUCUGCACAGCUAUCUGUUUGGCAGGGAGUUCGGUUUUCUCCCGUGCCAGCAAUGGGUUGCUUAUUGUUCUUCUGGUAUCAACCUUUAGCAUUCCGCUAUCAGCGUGUAUCAGGCAGCCAUUUAGAAACGAGCGUCUAGGCAUUGAAUUUACCGGAUUUAGCAGCGUAUCAUUCUUCGAUAAUCUAUACCCACGCCUUACUAAAGGUGCCGCAGGAAGUCAGAUUAAGAGGCGAGAAAACUUUCAAGAUCUGUUCGGGAUUCUCUUCCCUGCAACAUCUGGAAUAUUUGCUGGUACGAGCAUGUCCGGUGACCUUAAGAACCCAAGCAGAUCCAUCCCGAAAGGAACACUUUAUGGUCUAGCCCUCACGUUCUCCACCUAUACGAUCGUUAUUCUCACCUUGGCAGCAAGCGUUACGAGGGAGUCACUCUAUAGAGACGUUAACAUUAUCCAAGAUACAAAUAUGUCCGGGUUCCUUAUUGUUCUCGGAGAGUUUUCAACCUCAUUUUUCUCGUCUCUUAUGGGCAUUAUUGGUGCUGCAAAAGUACUCCAGGCCAUCUCACGGGAUGCCCUUCUACCCGGGUUAUCAAUCUUUGCAAAGGGGACCAAGAAAAAUGACGACCCCAUCACCUCUAUUCUCAUCACCCUUGCAAUAGCUCAGAUUACUAUAUUCUUCGAUAUCAACCAGAUCGCCUCUUUCGUUUCCAUGGCAUACUUGAUGACCUUCCUGGUCACUAACCUGGCUUGUUUCUUGCUCAAAAUUGGAUCCGCCCCGAACUUCAGGCCCUCGUUUCACUACUUCAAUUCCACAACUGCAUUUGUUGGGACAAUUAUCAGUGGAGCCAGUAUGUUUUUCACCGAUGGGGUGUACGCUACAGGAUGUGUUUGCGUUCUGGUGACACUCUUCCUCCUAAUCCACUAUAUGGCUCCCCCGAAGACGUGGGGAGAUGUCAGUCAAAGUCUCAUUUACCACCAGGUCCGCAAAUAUCUGCUCCGCCUUCGACCUGAGCAUGUCAAGUUCUGGCGACCACAGAUUCUCUUAUUCGUGAACAAUUUCGAAUCGCAGUAUAAGAUGAUCCAUUUUUGCAAUUCGUUGAAGAAAGGCGCUCUUUUCGUGCUUGGGCGUGUUCUAGUCACGGACGACUUUGCAACUGCUGUUCCCGUUGUUAGAAAGGAGCAAACGGCGUGGAAUAAGUUCAUUGAGUUCUCAAAAGUCAAAGCUUUUAUAAAUAUAACAGCAGCCCCAAAUAUAGAAUGGGGUGUCAGGAAUGUUGUCUUAAGUGCCGGACUUGGAGGAAUGCGACCCAAUGUGGUGGUAAUAGACCAAUUCCGCAAGGACAACUCUGAUGCUUCACUCGACCCUGGGCUUCCACUAGUACGGCCGACGAGACGUACGUCUUCAAACCUCAGUGAUGGUGAAGGGGACCCUCUCCGAAAAACAAGAACGGAUUCGUUCGAAAGAGACCCCCCAAUGAAUGUCCAGAGCUACCUGACGGUCCUGGAGGAUCUACUAUUCCAGUUACGCAUGAAUGUUGCAGUUGCUAGAGGAUUCGAGAAUAUUGAGCUUCCUGGUACGAAUGAUGAAUCACCGGCCAAGUUCAUAGACCUAUGGCCAAUCCAGAUGUCUGGAGAGAUAUCGUCAGAUGGAGGGCGAAAGUGUACCAACUAUCUCACAACCAAUUUUGAUACAUACACAUUAAUACUACAGCUUGGCUGUAUCCUGAACACUGUCCCAUCCUGGAAACGAUCAUGCCGUUUGCGAGUGGCUGUGUUUGUAGAGUACGAGACAGAUGUGGAGGAAGAAAGACGAAGAGUGAUGACUCUACUCGAAAAGCUCCGAAUAUGUGCCGAAGUGCUGGUAUUCUGGCUUGCCAGUGGGGAUCUACAAACUUACCGCAUAAUCGUCAAUGGAGACAGAAAUAACGUGGACAAGGUUGUGCUUGACGCUGUUGAACAAGUGUUGGAAGAGGAGGAUUGGUGGAAUGAACUCGGACGGUAUAGGACGACUUCUAGAUCUAGCAGAUCACAGCGGCAGACUCCAACGGGAUCUGGAUCUACGACUCCGCGUGAAGGAGGCAGACGACGUGCAGGGUUAGAAGGUCUCAAGAGGGUUAUUGAGUCAUCUCGAAGACGGUCAAUUGGGCCUGGAGUCAGUCUCGGAAUGCAGACCCAUCGACUACUGGAUUCUAUGGUAGAGUACAAUUCCGACGGAAACGAGUCGUCCUCUGAAGAGAGCGAUAUUGAUUCUUACCUGAGCGAGAACGAGAAUGAGAACGAACCAGAAGGUAACGACCCAAUGACAGCCUCUGACGUUCCAACAAUCAAUCAGCCAGAAGAAACCACAGAAGGAACCACAGCAGCAGCUACUACGGCCACACCUUCACCCCGUGUAAUGUUUAUGAAGAAAGGCCGGGUUGCGUCCAGUGCCAAAUUCUCCUCUGCCCCCAUACCGACAACAAAGGUGGUAUCAGAAGAAGGUACCGGGCCCUCGAUCAUGUUUGCAGAUUCAUCACCUCCACGCCGCGGAAGCGCCACAGCGGCAGGCCUUGAAUCGAUAUACAACCGCAAUUCUGGCACCGCCAGUCAGCCCGCCGUCACUUCAGCUGAAGGAGACACGGAGAACCAACCACGGGCAUCUGGAUAUCCCUCCCAAGCGGCAGUCCCUCUAUCGUUCAACGACCUGCCAGGCCGUGCCCAGCAUCUGAUACUGAACGAGCUGAUCAAAUCGCAGAGCAAGGACACUGCGGUUGUGUUCACCACCUUGCCGACCCCCGUUGAAGGCGUCUCCCAUGACAAGGCCUCCUGUGAAGCGUACGUCAACGACCUCGAGGUGCUCUGCGACGGUCUUCCUCCAUGUCUCCUCGUCCACAGCAACAGCGUGACUGUUACCAUGAAUCUGUGA